AGUUCGAUGUCAGAACCCUGCUACUAGAGCCUGGAUGUGGCUCUGAGUUUCAGGGUCACUGACAUUGAUAAGACACCUGCGUCCCAGGACUCGGAGGAGAAACGGCUGAUGGACUUGGCGGGGAAUUUGCGCGGGGUUUUACUGAGCGGGAAGAGACUGUUCAAAUGAGGGGGAGGGUAUAUAAAGGAGGGUUGGCCGGAGCCUCCCAUUCUUGGCUUUUCUGAUGUUCAUGUUUCCUACAGUAAAAGUUCCUGGUGAUACCACAGAGAGUCUCGUGUGUUCAUUCAGGAGCGGCUGUGGUGAGCUGACACUAAGCCAAGAAUACGGACACCAUCCCGCUGUAGCGGUGAGGUGUAACAUGCAAGUGGAGGAUGAAGAGCUCUUGGGCGCCGGAGGAGGAAGGUCGGAAAGGGCCACUCCCGAGACGGACGCUGAGUUCCACCAGCUGGCGGCCCUGGCGUCAUCCACCGCUUAUGCCCAGCCAAAUGGGGUAACCCAGAGGCGCGGAGUGGUGCGGGGAGAUAGCACCGGAGGAGAGGAAGGUUCACCUUCCCCAGGCCCGCAAAAGAUGGUGUUUCUGGAGGAGAGGAUGUCGGCGAUGGAGACCACCCUGGCAGUGAUGUCGAGGGCGAUGGAGCGCCUGGCGGUUUUGGCGGAGCCGGAGCGAGGAAGGGAACUCCGGGCUAGCUCAAUGUGGGACGUGAGCAUGGGAAGCAGCCAGGGCUUUGCAGACCUCCCAGCACCGAAGGGAAGGGAAAUGCGAAAGGAGCCCGGUGCCCGGCCCAAGAUCCAAACGAGCCUGACGCGGGUGGAGGAGAGUGACGACGAAGGGGAAAAGCCUCCGAGAAUCCCGGCUACGCUCCCAACUGAGACCCUGGUGCCCCUGGCGAAUGCCGGGCGUGGCACAGGACAAAGGGAAGCAGCAGCGGGGCCCACUGGCCCGCAAGGGGGCUUGCGACGGGCGGAGAAUUGGGGAUUGCCACCACAGGGACCCCUACCGAGACGAGAGGAACUAAGGAUCGAGUUUGGGGGAGAGUCCUCUGAACUGGAUUUUUUCCUGACCACGGUGAGGGGCUAUAUGGAGGACAAUGCCCACACUUUUAGAACGGAAUCCAGCCGGGUACGGGCCAUUGGUGCAGUGUUGAAGAGGGGAGCGGCCAGCUGGUACGUUCAACUACACGCGCGGCGCGACCCAUGUCUGGGGUCACUCCGACGCUUUAUGGGGGCCCUGGAGACCCGUUUCCGAGAUCCACUGGAGCAGAUCCGGGCGAGGGAGGAGUUGAAGACCGUCUCCCAGGGGCAGAGGUCGGUAUCUGAGUAUGCGGAGGAGUUCCAAUGCCUCGCUGAAAAGGUGCCGGAAUGGUCUGCAGUGACAAAGAUAGAACUCUUCAAAGAGGGGCUCAGGCGGGAGAUCCUCUCCUGGGCGGUGCAUCGUGAUGAGCCUGACACACUGCGCGGAUGGAUUCAGCUGGCGGGGCGCAUCGAGACAUCGCUGGCCCAGGCGAGGAGGCACCGAGGAGGGCUACAGCAGCGGCCGCAGAUGAAAGAGGGGAGCCGGAAGGAGGGAUCAACCCCAGCCGGGAGGAGAACGGAGCCGACAGGGAACGUGAGCACCAGCAGGAGGGGCUGCUUCGUGUGCGGCCGUUUGGGCCACAGGGCUGCCGAGUGCUGGCAGAGAAAAGGGGAAGGCGGAGGCCCGCCCAAACCAAGAGCCGUGGCAGGGAAACGCGCCGAGGAAGAACCACCGAUGAGGCACCACUCGGGGGGGUUGGACGAAGGGGAGGAGGACGCCAUGUCAGAACCCUGCUACUAGAGCCUGGAUGUGGCUCUGAGUUUCAGGGUCACUGACAUUGAUAAGACACCUGCGUCCCAGGACUCGGAGGAGAAACGGCUGAUGGACUUGGCGGGGAAUUUGCGCGGGGUUUUACUGAGCGGGAAGAGACUGUUCAAAUGAGGGGGAGGGUAUAUAAAGGAGGGUUGGCCGGAGCCUCCCAUUCUUGGCUUUUCUGAUGUUCAUGUUUCCUACAGUAAAAGUUCCUGGUGAUACCA